AUGCACGCACCUCCUCCGCCUAAGAUCAACACUGCCAUCCGUCGGGGAAGAGUGUAUAUACAACCUUCACCCUUCGCAACAAUGGCUGAUGCACAAUUUGACAGCGCGCUCGACCUCCUUCGGCGUCUGAACCCCCGUGAUACCAAGGCCAACCUCCAAGCCAUUACCUCGAUCGUCCCCGAGCUCACCGAAGACCUCCUUGCCUCUGUUGAUCAGCCCCUGGAGAUUCGCCGCUGCCCCCAGACAAACCGCGACUACCUGCUCUGUGAUUACAACCGCGACGGCGAUAGUUACCGGUCACCAUGGAGCAACGAGUUUGAUCCCCCACUUGAUGACGGUACCGUACCCAGCGAACGGGUGCGUAAGCUUGAGGUCGCCGCCAACGAAUCAUUCGAUGUGUAUCGCGAACUGUACUAUGAGGGAGGCGUGGGAAGUGUGUAUUUCUGGGAUUUGGAUGAUGGAUUCGCGGGCGUCAUUCUAUUGAAAAAGGGUGUCACUCCAGGCUCGCAGAGCUCCGGCGAAUGGGAUAGCAUUCACGUCUUCGAGGCCACCGACCGUGCUCGCAUGUGCCACUACAAGCUCACAAGUACCGUUAUCCUCCACUUAGCCAACAAAACCGAGGCUCUAGGCGAUAUGGACUUGAGCGGAAAUAUGACUCGCCAGGUGGAGGUUGAUUUGCCGGUCGAGUCGGAAGCUAGCCAUGUUGCCAAUGUCGGCAGGUUGGUUGAGGAUAUGGAAUUGAAGAUGCGCAAUCUGCUCCAGGAAGUGUACUUUGGCAAGGCGAAGGACGUUGUUGGUGAGCUCCGAAGUGAGUUAAUUUCCGAUUUUAUACCGCUGGCAUCAUUUAUUGACAAACAUGCAGGCCUGGGACCGUUGUCCGAUGCGAACAGGGACCGCGAAACUCAGCGGGAGAUGAUCGCGUCCAUGCAGAAGUAG